CAUCAUGAAGAUUGAUCGUUCAAAAUCGAAAAAAAGUUCAUCAGAGGUGCCUUUCGAUUGUAAACUAUUGAUCGAAGAAUUAAAACAAUGUAACGAUGAUGAUCAAAUGUUGAUCGUUUUAAAACGUAUAAAAACAUGGAGCUGUGGUAAAUGUGAACUAUAUCAUUGGAUCGAUGUACUAGAUAAAUUUGAUACAAUAUUGGAAGAAUGUUGUCAUAAAGAAACAUCUGAACAAUGGGUUUUACCCGUUGAUUUAGCUGAAAAUGAAAAGAAACGUGAACUUUUAUUGGCCGUCAUAUCAUUUACAUCAUUAUUGAUUGAACAUAGUUUUUCACGACAUUUAUACAAUUCAAUCGAGCAUUUGAUCACAUUAUUAUCGUCGACGGAUAUGCAAAUUGUUUUGGCCAUAUUAAAUCUAUUAUUUGUAUUCAGUAAACGAUCAAAUUUCUUUUCACGUAUCAGCAUUGAUCGACGACAAUCAUUAAUGUCCAGACUUUAUUAUUUGGCCGAAAAUUGGGGCGGUAAAGAUCAAGGAUUUGGUUUGGCACAAUGUUGUCAAGAUUUGCCAUUGUCAAGUUAUCCAUCAAAUGCAACAACAUUUAAUUUUGAAUUCUAUCUGAAUAAUAAUAAUCAACAGCCAUCGAAUAUAGAAUCAAAAUCAAAAUCGAUCACAUCAAAACCAAUGAGUGAUAGUACUCAAACAAGUCAAAAAUCGAACAAUAUUGUACGAAUUCAUAUUGAAAAUGUACAUCAAAUUGAUAAACCUGUAUCGGUAUUGAUGGCCGAACUUGUUGAACAAUAUCAAAUACCAGUCGAACAACAGAUGCAGAUAUUCACACAGUUACGAUUAACAAAAAAUUUUACCAAUUAUCAUACACGUUUACAAUGUGUACAGGCAAGAAUCAAUGCCUUGUCCAUAAUGGUCUAUUGCCAAGCAAUGGCCCUAAAUCAAGAAGGUUAUUAUUCUCUAUUAUAUAAUGGUCUAAUUGAAGAAUUGGUUGAAGUGUUAGAACUACGUCAACCUGAAUUGAUUGAAAUAAAAUCAGCUUCAUUGAAAACAUUAACAUCGAUUAUACAUUUGGAUCGUAAUUCCAAAAUGAAAGUGAUUAUUGAUUCAACUGGAGCAAAUUCUUAUCAUGGAUUUUUGCCAAUAUUAGUACGAAAUUGUAUACAAUCUCUUAUAUCAGGCAAUAUGGAAGAAUAUCCAUUAAAUUUUGUAACAGCAUUAUUUUCAUUUCUUUAUCAUUUGGCAUCAUAUGAUAAUGGAUGUGAAGCAUUGGUUCAAUGUGGUAUUAUGGAAUCAUUGCUUCGUGUUGUCGAUUGGAAAGGUCCAAAAGCUGAUGCUGAUGUUGAUCAUUUAAUGUUUGUUACACGUGCUGUACGUGUUAUCGAUCUAUUAACCAAUCAAUUUAUCGAUAUGAAUGCAUUUCAAUCAAAUAAUGGAUUGAAUACAUUUGUACAACGUUUAGAAUAUGAAGUGAAUAUUUGUCGCACAGAACAGCCUUAUGAAAUCGAAGUGCCAGCUGAUCGAAUGAAUCAUGACAAACAUUAUGCAUACGAUGAUGAACUUCAUGGUGAAGAAAGUGGUGAACACAAAAAUCCAACAACCACUCAACAAGAGACACCAAUGGAAGUGGAAAUAUCAAAUCCUGAACCAAUGACAGAAGCUGCUUCGACUUCAAAAUCAUCGACCAUUAUCAAUCAACCAGUGGUUAAUAGUAAUCUUCAAUGUUAUCCACAACGUGCUGCAUUGUUGAAAUCAAUGUUAAAUUUCUUGAAAAAAGCUGUACAAUGUACCGGAUUUUCCGAAUUAGUACGACCAUUAAUGUAUGGAAAUUUUCCACGAUCAUUACGGCAUAUAAUUAGUAAUGCUGAAUAUUAUGGUUCAUCAUUGUUUUUAUUGGCCACCGAUGUUGUCAGUGUUUAUGUAUAUCAAGAACCAUCAUUAUUAUCAGUCAUUCAAGAUAAUGGUUUAACUGAUGUUGUAUUACAUGCUCUUUUGGUUAAAAAUGUACCACCGACCAAAGAAGUAUUGGCAUCUUUGCCUACCGUAUUUACAAGUUUAUGUCUUAAUCAUCGUGGCUUAGAAGCAUUCAUUGCGUUACGGCCAUUUGAACGAUUUUUCAAAAUAUUCUUAUCACCCGAUUAUCUACAGGCAAUGCGUCGUCGCCGUAGUAAUUCUGGUAAUGAUACAGCCACAACAUUGGGCAAUGCAAUGGAUGAAUUGAUGCGUCAUCAACCGAGUCUUCGUUCUGAUGUUAUCGGUGCAAUUCUCAAAUUAUUAGAAGAAAUCUGUAGACUUGGCAGUGAUCCAAAAUAUAUUUGCACCAAAGCAAGUAGUAGUAGCAGUAGUAGUAAUAAUGGCAGUGGUUCUUCGAAAUCAUCCGGUUCCAUUACUGUUGGAUCGGUUGCAGAUGGUUCUCGCCAUCAUCAUCAUGGCAGUACAUCAACAACAAUGGCAUUUGAUGAAUCGUCAUCGAAUGCUGUCGAUGGGGAUGAAAGUAAUAGAAAUUCCGGUAACAAUGUCAACAAUGAUUCUAGUUCUUCAGAAGAAGAUGAUUAUGAUGAUGAUGAUACAACAACAACAACUACGACGACUGCUGCAGCUGCAACAACCGCUUCCGUCGCUAAUCAGGAUACCGUAGAAUCAUCAUCAACCAAUGUCAAUUCAGCAGAAACAACUGCUAUGCCGUCCACAUUAUCAUCAACAAUGUCAAAUGAUGAUCCAAUGAAAUCUCAAAUGCGUCCAACUAUAGCACCAACAACAACAGCUGUAGCUUCAGAUUCAACAAAUAUUAUGGAAACAAACCGUCAACAAAUACCAUUAAUUGAUUAUAUUCUCAAUGUGAUGCGAUUUCUUGAGGCAAUUUUAGCCAAUAAUUCUACUGAUGAUCAUUGUCAAGAAUUUUUACUUCAAAAUGGUCUUGAUCCAUUGUUUCGUUUGUUAAAAUUACCGAAUUUACCUUUGGAUUUUCCUGUCAUGCCAUCUUGUUAUUCGGUGGCUACUGUUUUAAAAACAUUGCUGAAUUUGACCCAUGAAAAAGACAUAUUUACCAAAGGUUUAGAAAAAAUGAAAGAAUUAUUAGAAAAAUUAAGUCCAUUAUCACAAAUGGCUAGAACAUUUAAUGGUAGCAUUCUGCUUGAAGAUCUUAUCAAUCAUCUAAGUACAAAAAAAGCAACAAAUUUUGUUACACCUGUAUUGCAGCUAAUGGCCGCUGCACAUGCAUACAUUGUAAUGUUUUUGCAAAUUUGUCGUACUAGUCAAGGAGAAAUUCGUUUAAUUUCUAUCGAUCAAUGGGGUUCACCAUUAGGUAUUGAAAUAAUUGGCCUAUUAAGCCAGCUAUAUAUUACAUUAGUAUGGGAAAGUACAUUAUUGCUUGGCCUAAAUGAUUCUACAUCACAAAAAUAUGAAUUUGUUAAAAUUCAAAUUGAAAAACUUAAUUCAUUAUUGAAACAAACUGUCAAUAAUGGUACUACUCAAGCAUCAUCUUCAGAUAUAAUGAUGAAUGUCGAUGGUACAAUGUCGGCAAUGUCACCGAUGGAAGUUGAUAAUUUUGAUGCUAAUAGUGAUCCAAUUGCUGCUUCGGUUAGUCAAGAUAAUUCCAAAAUUUCAAAAAAUUCUAAAUCAGUUUUGACACCUAAUUCGGCUGCUGGCGCUGUUGUUAAACCAUCUCAUCAUCAUCAAAAAUAUAUAAAACCAUUAUUGGCUGUUGCCUCACGUCUUGGUCGUGCGUUGGCAGAAUUAUUCGGUCUUUUAGUUAAGCUAUGUGUUGGACCUCCACAAAGACGUCGUAAUCAUCAUCAACCAUACUUUGCAAAUUCACAGACAAUGACACCAUCCAAACCAGUACAAAAUAUUGCUAAACAUUUGAAUAUACUUUUGUAUAAUGGCUUAUCAUGGCAACCAUCUUUCGAUACAAAUAUCCCGAAAUUUCGGCUCACUUUUUAUGUAUGUUCGAUUGGUUUCUCAAGUCCAAUGUUGUUCGAUGAUCGAAAAUAUCCAUACCAUAUAAUGUUAAGAAAUUUUGUACUUAGUUAUGGACAAGAUGCCUUUUUUGAUUGUUUCCAUACGGCUUUUGAUCAACAAUCACAAAAUUCUUCAUCACCCGAUUUACCUGAUGGUAUUGUUGAAUUUCUUGAUUCAUGGCUUUUGUUGUUGGAAAAAAUGACAAAUCCACAAACUUUGUUGGAUUCUCCACAUGCAUAUUCAUCAUCAAAACAAACACCAUUAGAUCAAUCAACUGAUGAUAUUCAUUUUGAUCCAAUUCAAUAUUUAAUUCGUACACAUAAGAAAGCUUUUCCUUGUAUAAUGGAAUUAUGGAAUUUCAAAUUAUAUCGUAUUAAAUGUGAUCGUGUCAUUGAAUCAUUGAUUACAAUAUUUUCACAUUUACUUAAAGGUGAAACUAUUAUUGAAAAACAUUUUGGUCAACAAAAAAUAGGUGAAACCAAUGCGAUAACAUCAACUUCAGCAGGAGCAGCAGCAGCAUCAUCAUCAACAGGAGCUAGUACAUCAGCAGUACCAUUCAGUGAAUCAACAGGUGAAAUAUUCACUGGUAGUGUUGAUGGAUCAUCAUCAACAUCAUCGUCUGUAGCAGCUACAUCAGCAUCAUCAACAACUGCACAAUCAUCAUCUGCCAAUCGUACUGAACAAAGUUCAAAUGUACAAACAUUAGUUGAAAUGGGAUUCUCUCGUGAUCUAGCAAUAGAUGCAUUAUUACAUACAAGUGAUGAUGUAAAUGCAGCUACUGAAUGGAUUCUACAAAAUUUUUCACGAUUUUUGUCGGCUGAUAAUGAAGAAGAAGAAAUGAUAAGAGCUAUCGCUCUAUCUUUAUCCGAUAAUUCUGAUGAAAGUGGUGGCACUACUGCCGGUGAAUUAAUAACAACACCAAAACCAAUGGAAGAUAAACCUAAACAAUCGGAUAAAAUUGAACCGAAAAAUAAGGAAAGACCUUUAGUUAAUGAAAUUCCACUUCGAAAAGAAGAAAUCAAUACAUUUACGGAUAAUAUUCUUGCUAGCAUAUUGAAACUUAUUGAUCAAUUACCAAUCAUACAUAAAUGUUGUGAAUUAAUGAUUUCCAUAUCGAAACGAAAUGGUCGUGAAUGGUUUGAAGAAACAAUUUCAAAAUUGAUUGAUGAUAUCAUACAGAAUGUUGGCGAUCUACAAAAACAUACAUCUUAUAUUAGACAACAGGAAAAAUCGGCUAAAAGUAGUGCAAUUGAAUGGGCACAAAAAUUGGUUACAUUACCAGAAUCGUUUCGUUUACAAUCUCGAAUACAUUUACUUGUUUUAUUGUUUAAUGAAACAAAAAGUAUUUGUGCAAAACAAAUCUCUCGAUCUGAACUGUUGAAUCAUUUAAUUGAUUUACUUGAAAAUGCUUCAUAUUUGUUGAAUGUUGCAUAUGAAAAAGAGCGAUCAAUAUUAACACCAAAAUGGGUUGCUCCAGCAAUUUUAUUGAUUGAUCUCUAUGAAAAAAAUGCCCUUGCCUCUCGUCGUAGAAAACGUUUACUACUUGAAUCAUCAAAUUGUCGUCGUACAUGGAAAUAUUUUGAUGAACGUACUGUUCGUUGGAAUACUUAUCAAGCUGAAACAAAUAAAGCUAUUGAUGAUGCAUUUCGUUCGGGUGAACUUAUUUGUAAAAUAAGUGUCAAUCGUCGUCGUUAUACAGUGAAUUUUACAACAAUGCUACAAAUCAAUGAUGAUACUGAUAAUUUUCGACCAAUUAUGUUGUUUGUCGAUCCGGAUACAUCGAAAUCUCGAGAAAAUGAAUCCACUGCCAAGAAUAAUGUUGUGGAUAAAAAUGAUGAUGGGAAAAAAUCGAUAAAGAUUGAUAAAGAUUCAAUGGAUACAAAAGAUGAAGAACUAUUAGUUUCACAUCUAGUUGAUGUAGAAUUUCUUGAUGAAAAACAAUGUCAUACAAUUAUUGAAGCUUUGGUCAAUUUUAUGCAAUUACCAAUCGAUUCUGAUUCAUUAAAUGCCAAUAUACGUUUGGUAUUACGUUUAACAAGAAAUUAUGGUAAUGCAUGUUUUUUCGUCGAAAAGAAUGGCAUUAGUCAUUUGUUAAAGAUACCACAAUUUAGCGUUUUUCCUGGUUUUGUUUCGAUGUCUACUUUAAUUAUUCGUCACAUAAUGGAAGAUAGUUUAUCAUUAAAAACAUCAAUGGAUAAAAUUAUUCGUGCUCAGGCUAAUUCACCGAAUUCGAUACGUGAAUUACAUUAUAUGUUCCGUUAUUUUAGUCCGGCUGCAUGCCGUGAUAGUGAUACAUUUAAAAAAUCAGCAAUGAAUAUUCUACGUAUUAAUAUACCGCCCACAAUGACCACACCACGUCGUUUGGCACAAGAUGAUGAUCGUAUGACACCUUUGUUACGUGCUAUAGCUCCACCAACCAUUGGUUCAGGAUCAAAAUCUGGAACGAAUAUUAGCGAUGGUAGUCAAAAUAAUCAACAAUCUGAAUCUUCAACAUCUUUGGAAAUAUCCAAAGUUGCCAAAGAUAUUAUUUGUGAAUUAUUAAAUCUAUUACCUUUUCAAUAUUCAGCUCAACAAGAAUUGGAAAAGGCGAAAAAAUCUCAACAACAACAACAACAGUCUGUGGAUUCUAUUGUUUCAACUGAAUCUGAUUCUGGUAUGACAAAAACGGAUGAUUCUGAAUCUCCUGUGUUAAUCAACGAUAAAGAUUUGUCAAAAGAUCAAGAUCAAAAUGUAUUUCGUACUCCUAUUGUGCUAUCAAUUUUAGCCGAAUUGACAAAAUCUUAUCAUGCAGUUGCUAAAGUAAUAUGUGAACAUAGCUAUACAUAUUUAUAUAAAGAAUCAUUAUUGGAUGAUUGUACUGCUUUGUCAUUCAUAUUGGAUAAUCUUUUGUCAUAUGCUCAAAAUUAUGGUGAUAAAGAAUGUGCAACAUUUUCACGUGCAUUAUUCACUGCCAUUGCAUCGGUACCAUUUUCUCCGGAUAUACAUCAAACAUUGGUAAUGGAAAUCAAAAAUGCAUUGAAUCGUGCCGUACUUUUACCUGAAUCAUUUGAAAAGCAUGCUAAAAUACAGGCACUAUCACCGUUGAUUACAUCGAUUGUUGAAGCUCAAUGUUCAUCUGCAUCAUUGCAAAAUAAUAAUCCUUAUUAUCGACCUUAUCUGGUAUCGUCAAAUCCAUUGAUCAAAUUGUUGAUUCGCAAAAAUUUAAAUACCGAUUUGGCUAAAGUUAUUCAAUAUCUUGAUCUUUCAUCACCUAUGAUGACAACGACAGUAAAUUCAUUGUUGAAAACAUUGGAUUUUCUUUCAAAAACAUUGAAUACACCACAGAAUCUAUUCACAUCACGUCAUCAUCAUCAUCAUCAUCAUAAUCAACAUCAGCAAAGUUCACAAAGUCGUCAUCAACGAAAUUUACUUUCGCAUAGUUCAUUUACGAUACCGAUGAUUGAUUUGGAUCCAUCUAUCGAACCACGUAAUAAUGAUAAUGAUCAAAUGCUUAUGGAACAAGAUCAUUCGGAAAAUCUAACAACAAAUUCAACUACAACAACAACCAAUAAUAAUCAGGAUAGUAGUUCAGCAUUAGCCUUAACUUCCAAUCAGUUAAUGAAUGCUGAUGGUUCAAUGAUAGAAACUGAAACAACAACAACAACACAAUCACCGAAUACUAAUGCUAUUCAUACUGAAGAUAUGGCACAAGCAUCGACAAUGUCAACAAAUUCACAAAAUUUGGAUGAAAAUACUGAAAAUGAAUUAUUUUUGGAUAGUGUUGCCUAUGAUAAUUAUAAUAAUUCACAUCCACGUAGUGGUACUUUUACAUCAGAUGACCUACGCACCGAUGAUGAUGAUUAUGAAAAUGAUGGUCUUAUUAUUAAUGAUCGAGAUGGUAUGAAUGAUGGUGAUCAUGAAAUGCAUCAUGAUACUCAUAUUGUCGUUGGUAAUAGUAAUCAUGUUGGUGUUGAAUCAACUACUGCAAGUAGUGAUGGUACAGAAUCGGAUGAUGCCGAUUCCGAAGAACAUGAUGAUGACGACGACGAUGAAGAUGAUGUUGAUAUUGAAGACGAAGAAGAAGAGGAACAAGAAGAUGAUCAAGCUGGUAGUGCACAAGAAGAUGGUGAUGAAGAUGAUGAUGAUGAACAUAUGGAUGAUGAUGAAGACGACGAUGAUGAUGAUGACGGUGAUGAUGAUGAAGAUGAAAUGGAUCGAUUACGGCCCGAUGAUUUAUCUCUACAACAAAUGCUUGAUGAUCAAUUUGCUCUUAGUUCAAUGAAUAAUGAUGUUAUCUAUAGUUUGGAAGAAGUGUUGCCUCAAUUUUUAAGUUAUUCUCACCGUGUACCAUCAUCGUCUGAUUAUCUAUCACCUUUCUCUUCGCAUCAUCAUCAUCACCAUCAUCAUAUUGUUGGCGAUGGUGAUAAUGUUAUCAUGAAUGGUCAUAGUAAUGGUGGUCAUUUUGUUCCAACAUCUUCUAUUGGUCGUCAUCUGAAUAGUGCCGGAUCUAGCAUGCAGUUACAUCAUCCUUUAUUGAAUUAUAGUUCUGAUACAAUUAAUAAUAGCAGUACUACAACACCAUCAGUAGCAGUUAUCAGUAAUGCUGGAUCAACAUCGUUGAUGAAUAAUCUUGGUUCAUUAGUAGGUUUAACCUCUCAUUCGGUUAACCCAAUAUCGGCAUCAUUUUUGUCAACAGCUUCCAACACUUCUAAUAUUGGUAUAGGAGGUGGAAAUGUUAGUAACGGUAGUGGUCGAUCAACGAUCGCACGUAAUCCUUUACCACGUGCACGUGCCAUACGAUCUUAUUUCCAUACUGGUCAUAAUUGGCAUGUAGCUCAUUUUAAUACCCGAACAAGUCCAACACAUAUAUUACAACGAUUACUUGGCUCGGCUGCUUCACAAAACGAAUUCUCUAUUCCAAGUGUCCUUCGUAAUCCUUUUUCACGACAUGAAUUGGAUGAAACGUUUGAAUUUCAUCCCUUGUCAUCAACAGCAUAUGCAUCCACUGUAUCGAAUUCAUUGCAGAAUAAUCCAUUGAACGCAAUCCCAUCAACAAUACAACGUUGGCUUGAAGAGGCACGUUUAUUAGAUGGUGAAUAUAUGUAUGAUGCAUUAUUAUUAAUUAAACCGGAAAUUAUUCGUCAUCUUGAGAAAUUGAAAGAAGUAGAAUUACAGGAAAAGAAACUUAAAGAAAAAGAAGAUUUGGAUGCUACAGCUGGUGAUGCUAAAAAUAAAUCUGCUGCCGUUACGGCCGAAAAUAAUUUGGAUCGUGAAAUAAGACAGGCUAUGCAACAUCAACAGUCACAACAACAACAACAACGUGGAUCUGACCAGUCAUCACAAUUUGAAGAAUUACAUGCUCACAUUGAACAAUUAACUAAUUCGGUCAUCAAUCAAGUGUUGGAAUCAAAUCCACAUGAGCAACAACAACAACAACAAUCAAAUAAUACAGAAGAAUCGACAAACAAUUCAGUGAAUAAUGAUCAAAUUUCUUGUAUGGAAGUGGUCAUAUCAAACGAUGAUAAUGAAACUAAUGAAGAACAGCCACAACAAAUACAAGUGGAUGAGGUGAUUCCAAUGUCCGUGGUUGUCAAUGAAAAUAUUCCAGCAAGAUCUAGACAAGAUUCAAUUUUGAUUAGUAAUGAAGAUUUAGUUGUUGAAAGUGAAUCUGCUCCUCUCGCUCCUGAAACACAAAAUACCGAUGUCGAAUCAAUGGAUCAUCAAUCAUCUAACGUCAUGUCCGCUCAACAAUCUGACUCUCAUUCGGCAAAUGAACAGAAUCAAGAGCAGCAAUCUGGAACUGUUGAAACAUCUUCAGCUACUUCUCAACCACCUGCACCUCCACCCGCCUAUCAAUUAACACCAGAAGAACGAGCUAUUCUUGGUGAUCAAGAAUUACCUGAAGGUGUUGAUCCAUCAUUUUUGGCUGCUUUACCUGAAAAUAUUCGUCAAGAAGUGAUCGCCGAACAAUUUCGCAUACAACGAUUAAAUCAAUUGCGUAACAAUACAUCACAACCACCCGUGACGACUGCUAAUACAAGUAACCAAACUGCAACUACCGUCAAUCAAGGGCCUAGUUCAGUUGCGACGAAUGCUUCUAAUUCUGUAGCUGUUCCAGAAAUUAGUGAAGAUUUUCUUGCAGCUUUACCGCCAAACAUUCAAGAGGAAGUUCUCGCCCAACAACGUGCCGAGCAACAACGUUUGAAUGCACAAAAUACAAAUCCCGAUACACCGGUCGAUCCGGUCAGUUUUUUCCGAUCAUUGCCACCGUCACUACGGCGACAAAUUUUGUCCGAUCUAGAUGAUAGUCAAGUUCAACUAUUGCCACCGGAAUUCGCUAAUGAAGCACGAACAUUGCGACGUGAAUUUGAACAACGAAAUCGCCAGAUUCAUGAACGUCUUUUCGAUUCUAAUUCAACCAUUUUACGAAUCAUACGAUCAGCCAAUUCACGUGCCGCUAUACGAUACGAUGGAUUGAACAUUCCAAAUUGGACACAUGCAAGAUUUUCUUUUCGUAACGGUGCUGGUUCCGGUUCUCAUGAUAAUCGCGAUGUUUAUGGCGCUAGCGGCAGCAGUAGUUUCAGCCGUCAUAUUCCACGUGCAUUCACUAGUCGUUCCUUGAAGGGAAAAUAUCUACUUGAUUACGAUGCCCUUUCAUCAAUUUUGAUCCUUUUAUUCAUCCAUGAUAAUCUUAUCAGUUCGAUUCGAUUACAUCGUGUGAUCAGAAAUCUUUGUUUACAUGGUCCAACACGACAAUGGGUCAUUCAAUCUUUGUUGGAAAUUAUGGAAAAGACAAAAGAAUCAGUGGAUUCAUCAUCAUCAUCAAACAAUUCAACAACAUUGAAUGCUGAUGAUCAAACUUUAAAGGCAUUGACACAAAAUCAUUUUGUCUCUUGGCUUUCGAUUACAUUGGAUUCAUCAUUCGGUUCAAAAACGAAUGUUUUCUAUUUGAGUAAAACAAAUAAUAACGUCAUUGGAUCAUCAUCAUCAUCAUCAUCAACACCUAGUUCAGGCAAAAAAACCGAUAAAGUCAGUCAAAUUUAUACGAUUUCAAUCAAUCCACAAGCUUCGUUAUUUGUAUGUCGUAAUGUAUUGGACAUACUUAUUUCUUUGGCCAAAACAUUUCCCGAACAAUUUAUCUGCUAUUCACCACUUUCAUCCAAUUCAUUGAAUACUACACAAGGAUUACAGAAAAAUCUUUCAACAACUUCAUUGAAUACAUCAAGUUCAAGUAUCAAAGAUCAACAACAUGAAAAUACUGGAACACCAUCAUCAUCGAAUGGUAAUCAAAAACCGCCACCAAGUUUUUUCGAUGUUCUUAUGCGACACGAUUUUAUUCAUGCAACGAAAAAAACAAAAUCCAAACAAGCUUUAUCAACAAAUAUUCAGAGUACAUCUACCAUGGAAAUUGAUUCUGUUUCAUCUACUAAAAAUCUAUCACAAUUACCUCUUGAUUAUUCACCAUUUUCACAAUUACUCAAUCUAUUGUCACAUCAUUUUAUUAAGAAAAGUCCUGUCUUAACUGAUCGUUUAAUUCGAUUAAUGACACACAUUACAACAGCAUUAACACCGGAUACAGAUAAUCGUAAUCAAACAACACCGAUAAAUUUAUCUAAUGAAAUCAAAGAAAAAUUGAAUGAAAUUGAAAAAACUAUUGCCAAUGAACGACUAUUGAAAUUGGUUGUGGAUGUACUUGUUUCAAAAACAUGUUCCGAAGAUGGUCUUGUAGAUGCUACAUCAUUAUUGAUCAAACUUUCAAAUCUAUUUCCAAAUUGUCGUAGUAUAUUCUAUAAACUAUUACUGGAUGGUGUUCGCCAUUUAGGUCAAACUGUUUAUGACGAUAUCAAUGCAUUGUCCAUUGAAAUGAAUGAUUUGCUAAAGAAAUUGAAAAGUCAACCUUCUAGUAGUAAUACUAGUAAUACAUCUGCUACUGAUAUUGAAUCACAUGAAAAGAGUAUCAAAGGUCAUAGUAAUGUACAGGAUCGUUAUUCGAACACGACCAUUGUUAUAAAUGCUCAAUCAAAUGUUAAACAUAAUAUUAUUUCGGGCAAGGAAGUUCAAUUGCCAUCAAUGUCUAAUCUAAUAUCAAAAUCAUCGAGUCAAUUUUUAUUUUUACGAAUACUGAAAAUAAUCAUGCAUAUUAGAGAAAUUAAUGCUAAAAAUCAAAAUUCUAAAUCACAACAAAAUGUUGCACCAUCGUCGGCCGAUCCGUCUAUUGAUAAUCCAUCAACUUCGUCUACUAAUGAGCAGACAUCAACAUCGACAGCUGAAACCAAAAUGGAAAUCGAUCUUGAACAGGAUAAACUUAGCACCGAAUUACAAUUGGAUCAUUUAUGGGAAAAACUGAGCGAUUGUCUUAGCCUUUUGUCGGAAGCUCCUGAUGAUCAUGUUGUACUUGUUUUACAACCGGCUGUUGAAUCAUUUUUCUUGGUGCAUGCACCGGAAAAAUCUCGUACAACUGCUGCUCCCAGUUCCGGUACUGAUAAUCAACGAUCUGCGGAACCGGCUUCACAUCAAUUACCGCAUCUCCAUCAAGCCUCUGAUUUGUUCAAUGCCGAAUCUCAAAAUGAUGAAAAUCGGCAUUACAGUUCGCUACCGGAAGAUACUCAAAAAUUUUUAAUAUUUGCCGAAAAACAUCGUGUUGUUUUGAAUCAAAUUCUUCGACAAUCAAAUAUCCAUCUGGCUAAUGGUCCAUUUGCCGUUCUUGUUGAUCAUACUCGAAUAUUGGACUUUGAUGUCAAACGAAGAUAUUUCCGUCAGGAAUUAGAUCGUUUGGAUCAAGGCACACGUCGUGAUGAUCUACCGGUUCAUAUUCGUCGUGAACAUGUGUUUGAAGAUUCUUAUCGUGAAUUGAAUCGCCGUACAGCUUCUGAUUGGAAGAAUCGUUUCUAUAUCGUAUUCGAAGGUGAAGAAGGACAAGAUGCUGGUGGUUUGCUUAGAGAAUGGUAUACAAUCAUUUCACGAGAAAUUUUCAAUCCAAAUUAUGCUCUUUUCACAACAUCACCUGGUGAUCGUGUUACCUAUAUGAUCAAUUCAGCUUCACAUUGUAAUUCAAAUCAUUUGAGCUAUUUCAAAUUUGUUGGUCGUGUUAUUUCGAAAGCAAUCCAUGAUAACAAACUAUUGGAUUGUUAUUUCACUCGUUCAUUCUAUAAACACAUCUUGGGAAAACUUGUCAAAUAUACCGAUAUGGAGAGUGAAGAUUAUUCUUUCUAUCAAGGCCUUGUGUUUCUGCUCGAACAUAACGUCAAUGAGCUUGGCACAGAAUUGACAUUUUCAUUGGAAAUUCAGGAAUUUGGUGUGACUGAAGUCCGUGACCUAGUACAAAAUGGCCGAAAUAUAAUUGUCACCGAAGAGAAUAAAAAUGAAUAUGUUAAAUUAGUCUGUCAGGAAAAGAUGACAGGUUCGAUAAAAAAACAAUUGAACUCUUUCCUCGAAGGCUUCUAUGAAAUCAUACCAAAACGAUUGAUAUCCAUAUUCAAUGAACAUGAACUUGAAUUAUUGAUUUCCGGUUUGCCAAACAUUGACAUUGAUGAUCUCAAAGCAAACACUGAUUAUCAUAAAUAUCAAGCAACAUCAUUGCAAAUCCAAUGGUUUUGGCGUGCACUACGUACAUUCGAUCAGGCCGAUCGUGCUAAAUUUUUACAAUUUGUUACCGGUACAUCAAAGGUUCCAUUGCAAGGAUUCACUGCACUCGAAGGUAUGAAUGGACCGCAAAAAUUUCAGAUUCAUUUGGAUGAUCGAUCUACCGACCGUUUACCAUCAGCACAUACAUGUUUCAAUCAAUUGGAUCUACCUGCUUAUGAAACUUAUGAUAAAUUACGUAUGAUGCUGUUAAAAGCAAUCCAUGAAUGUUCGGAAGGUUUUGGAUUCGCCUAAUUGUGAAAUU